GUGGCCCCGCUGGGAUGUUUCAACUCUGGAGCAACGAGGUGCCGGCCAGCUCUGGGCUGAGUGCCCACGCCAUGGCCUUCGGGCUGCCCAAGGCCCAGUACCCCGGGCACGUGGCCCCGGGCUCCCACGAGCUGCCCCUGACCCCACCGGCCGAGCACACCUGCUCCUUCGAGCUGUCGCCUGUCAAGGUCCUGGCUCCCCAGGGGCCGCCCGGCUCCUCCUACCACUUCCCCGAGGCUCAGGACUUCCCCAGCUUCUUGCAGAGCUCCAGCGGCAUGACCCCCCGGCCCCUGGGCCCCGGGCCCCCCAGUGCCCCAGCUGCCGCCCCCCCAGGGGGCCACACAGAAGAUGCCCCCUGGUGGAGCCUGCAGCAGCCCACCCCGGGCAACCUGCCCGCCUUCCACCUGAGCCGGCCCCUCAUGCUGGGGCCACAGGCCCCGCUCACAGCCCUGCUGCACAGCUCCCCCAAGGGGCUGCUAGGCCCAGCCCGGCGCUGCCGGCGCUGCAAGUGCCCCAAUUGCCAGGCGGGCGCCGAGGAGCCAGGCAAGAAGAAGCAGCACGUGUGCCACCUGCCAGGCUGCGGGAAGGUCUACGGGAAGACGUCCCACCUGAAGGCCCACCUGCGCUGGCACGCGGGCGAGCGCCCCUUCGUCUGCACCUGGCUGUACUGCGGGAAGAGCUUCACCCGCUCGGAUGAGCUGCAACGGCACCUGCGGACUCACACGGGCGAGAAGCGCUUCGGGUGCCAGGGCUGCGGGAAGCACUUCAUGCGCAGCGACCACCUGGCCAAGCACAUCAAGACCCAUCAGGGCAAGCGGCCCAAGGGCAGCGGGGCCCAGCUGGGCACCAUCAAGCAGGAGUGA